GCGCGCAAACAUACCUGUUAUUUUCCCGACAAAGAUGGAUCUUCAACAAAAAGGGGGACAAGGAUAGAAAAACUUUCAAUAUAAGGCGUGCAAAUAGAAUGUUAUUGCAAUUGCUGGAAAGAAUAAUUUUCUGAAGAAGGUGUACAUCCUGUGGAUUGAUCUGAUCUGUCGACCAUGGAGGAUGACAACAGUGGAGAUAAGUGGAUGGCUCCGGACUCGACCAAUGAAGCAUAUCCGGUAAACGUGACGUACACAUCAAGUCACUCAAACUUUACAGCGUCCACCACCGUAAGCUUGUACAACCACCCCACGUACAACAAUCACUUCAGGGGCCAUGACAGAAGCCAGCAAGGGAACUAUGAGCAGUCCUCAUACCAGAUCUCUCCCCCUCAGCAGUUCUACCAGCCCACAACUUCUAGUACGACCUACGAUAGGCUAUCCCCAACCUCCUACAGGGAAAUCCCCACUGAUAAUGAGGCUAUAUCUUACUCCGGUCUACAGUCUCAGGAGGGACCGCAGCUCAUCAGUUCUGUAGACAGCAGCACCAUCAGCCAAAUGGGCUAUCAGAUGCAUCAUGUGGUGAUGGACGCAGACAGACUAGUCACGGUACAGAGAGUUGUAUCCCCUGUGGACUGUUCCGCUGGUCCGUCUAGUGUGUCCAGUAUGUCACACACAGAGACCCUUAACCAGCUGCCCACCCACGCCAUACUGACCCCUGUACCGGUUUCCAGCAUCCAGGGCUAUGCCACCUCUUAUAAUGAAGUGACAGUGCCAAAGAGCCUGAGGAAUGGAAACAUAAACGAGGCAAUAGCACAUGAGGAUCAGAGACUGACGUAUUCCAGGGGAUCCAUAGACAGCAGCAGGUUCCCUCCCAAAAAGAAGGAGAUAGCCAGGGACAUUGUCAGUGGUGAUGCAGAUACUACCAGAGAUGACAGGGACCUGCAGAACUAUCAGUCAGCCUCUCAUGUUCAUGGCUACAUCCUAGAAGAUGACCAAGUUGGAAUCCACUCCACAAUGGUCAAGGAACCACUGCACCACAACCAGGAGGCCCUGAUAGACACCACCCAGUCUACCGCCAUCAGCUUCUCAACUGGCGGGAAGAGCCUGGAGACGUCUGGUGUGGGAAAUUCACUUCUGCCAGACAUAGGUCAAUUGAGCCACCAUACCAGCUUGAGGCCAGGCCUUGAUGGAAUUCAGAUGCAUCAUUUGACAAGUGGGAAAAACCAGAGGAAUGAACCGGACUCAAUAUCAACAGUUCCCGUUCCUGUAUGUCUCAUAAGGAAAUCAUCACGUAUUGCUGAGAUGGAAAAUGAACCCCAGACAUGGAGAAAACCAAAGUACAAGCCUGGGGUAUACAACUACAAUGAAAUAUGGUGUGAUGAUUGUUCUACUACGUACUCCACAGAAUGCCCCACCCACAAGUUGACCUUGGUGCCUGACAAGGUCGUUCUGUCCCGAGCCUGGUCCAGUCUCCCUCCACUGUUACAGAUCUUCAGGAUCGGGGACCCAAAUCUCCAUCCUAUAGAAACUAGUGUUGGGGUCUUUGCUAAGAGAACCAUACAGAAGAAUGUGCAGUUUGGCCCUUUUGUUGGAGAACUUGUCACUGAUGAGAAUAUAAUUAACAGCAAAUUCCCCCUGGCUAUUGAGCGAGGCGAGGGAGAUAUCAGUUAUUUUGACACGUCAGAUGAGAACAAGUGUAACUGGAUGAUGUUCGUACGACCCGCCGAGAGUUACGCAGAGCAGAAUUGUGUGGCCUAUCAGUACGGCCUGGAUAUUUAUUUUACUGUUACACGCAACAUUGAAGCAAAAGCAGAAAUUAAGGUCUGGUAUGCCCCACACUAUGCAGAAAGAUUUGGAUUUCCAAAGCUAGAGAUCACUGACCAAGAUAUUCAGAGGCUUGAUGACCAGGAGAAUAAGUACAGUUGUUACGAGUGUACUGAGUCCUUCAGAACACAGAUGGCACUACAGAAGCACAUAAUGAUUCACGAGGUCAAUACGUCCACCAUGAAGGACACCUCUAAGCCAUUCACCUAUACUCCUCCGGCACCACAACAGUACACCACAGAGGUGGUGCCCGAGGGUCAGAUGGAGGCCUCUACCUCCACAGCUUUUGAUAGAGCUAAGAAAGUGAAGCCACCCAAAAAGACAAAGGAUAUAGGUGAAACAUACAUGUGGAAGAAAAAAUCUACAAGUUUUUACUUGAACAAGACCUUGAAGAAAUACAAAAACCGACAAAAUCCAGAACAAAUCAGGAAGAACCUGAUGAACUUGUAUCGACGGAAAGGAAAGGGCUCAGGUGCAGGAAAUGACUGGGAAUGUAACCACUGCCACCUCUCAUUUGAAAACUCUAACGUUUUAAAUCUCCACAUACUGGUACACGCAGCAGAGGAUAUAGAUCUGGAGAAGGUGCAGCAAUACGCCAUCACCAGCAGCGAAACCGUGACUUACGGGUCCGGUACAAACUACGUACAAGUCGAUAAAAGUGUCCUAGCUUGUCCAGUCUGCCAGAUGCAGUUCAAUGACCAGAAAAUGCUGAUACAGCAUGCUGCAGAGCAUGGAACGUCAAAGUAUAAAUUCCUACGAGAGAGACCAUUCAAGUGUGACAAAUGCUGUAAAGCCUUCUAUACGCAUGAGCGACUUCAGAGACAUAUUCUUUGCCAUGGUGAUGACUCAACAAAACCACUGCAGUGUGACGUUUGCUAUAAACGCUUCAUGAACAACUCUGCCUUAUCCUGUCAUCUAAAGAUCCACAGCGACAAGAAAUAUUACACUUGUCCAGUUUGCCAUGAAGGAUUCGAUCACACUAAUGCCAUGAAAUCGCAUGUAGUUAAACACUGCGUCAAUGGAUACUACAAAUGUCCAGACUGUGAAAGACAGUUUGAGGAUUUCUUAUCACUGAGAAAGCAUUUAAGAAGUUUUCACUCAAACAAGGAAUAUCCUUGCCCAGAAUGUAAGAAAGUGUUUCCACGUCCAGACAAGCUCAAACUGCACAUGCUGAGGCAUUCAAGUCAUCGGGAGUUUAUGUGCGAGACUUGUGGAAGGCAGUUCAAGAGAAAAGACAAACUCAAGGAGCACAUUCGACGAAUGCAUGCCGGUGAUAAAGAGGCUAAACCUGUGAGUCAGCAUAACAUUUCCUCAAAGAAGUUUGUUCCAAAAGUUUCACCCACAGAUUUUCACAGAUUUAUUUACAAGUGCCAUUUAUGUAUGUUGGGCUUUAAGAGAAGAGGAAUGUUGGUCAACCAUCUGGCUAAGAGACAUCCUGAUAUCAACAUGGAGUCUGUUCCUGAACUCAACCUGCCAAUACUGAAAACCCAAAAAGAUUAUUACUGCCAGUACUGCGAGAAGGUUUACAAGUCCAGCUCAAAGAGAAAAGCCCACAUCUUGAAGAAUCAUCCAGGGUCUAUUCUGCCUGUGAGUGCUCGGAAAAAGGUCAUAGACAUUCCUGGCUUACCAAACCCUACAUACUCCCAGACAGUAGGGAGUAUAACAACAAUGCCACACUCAUGUGAAUACUGCCACAAGCAGUACGCAAGUAAAGCUAAGCUCACCCAACAUCAGCGCAAGAAACACCCAGACACAGUCAUUGAACAGGGCUACACUCCAAAGAUUUCAAAAUCUGACAUCAAGGAAGUUCAGCCCCCUCAAGAGCCCCAUCAGACACGAGAGCAUCAACCACAGCAGGUGCAGCAUUUAGUCCGUUUUGUUGAUUCAGAAAAUGGAGUUGUUGCUUGCAUUCAGCAACCCAGUGGAACAGAAGGAAUGCCACAAGCAGAUCUGCUGACACAAGCCAUGAGUGAGUUAACUCACUCCUUACAACCAGUCCAGGAAUAUCGCAGCAGCUUAGGUGAAUUAGCCACUGUAACACCCAGAACAGGUGCUGCAGCAGCAAUGGUACAAGUUCAGAAUCUCUCCACUGCUCACUCCACUAUUGAGUUCAGCCAUCUUGGCCAGACCUUAUCUGGAGCUCAUUUUCUGCCCUCCAAUCAUAUUCCAGGAGCUCCCAUUCAACUGACAGCAAUAGCUAGCUCAUCAGCAGGAGAACAGAUAGUGGACACCAAUUUACAGGUGAUAACCUCCCCCACCCAGUCUCCGGGGAGGAGCCAAGCUAACCAGGAGAACCAGAAUAUCAUCGUGUCCUCCCAGUCAGGUGUAGCCAUGCAGGCCAUCCCGGUGUCACUCCCACCGGGGGCCAUUAUCAGCACACAAACAUGGCCAACAUAUCAGAGAUACAGAUAAGUCGUAAAAUGCUUCUAUAUUUAUUUAUUGUAGGACUUUUAUUUAUUGGUGUGUAUGUAUAACUGUAGUCUUUUCAUGAUGUUCAAUACUGCCUAUGGACAUGCAAUUUUUUUAAAAAUAUGCCUUUGUUUUACAAAUACAGUGUAUUAAAAUCUAAAUUACUAGUUAAUUUGGAUUUAAUGAUUUACCUGUUUUUUACAUUUAAAUUAAAUAUGUGAAUUGGCCUUAUAUUGUUUUAGAAUCCCAGAAUUGUUGCAUAUAAAGUCCUUAAACCUGGGACAGUUGUUUAUUAAAUCAGUUUCACUUGUUCUGCAAACUACAACUUGUUGCAUAUAAAGUCCUAAAACACAGGACAAUUGUCUCUUAGUUUAAAGUUUCACUUGUUCUGCAAAUUACAAGUUACUUUCAAAUGCACCCAUCUCGGUGUAAGAAAGUUUAAAAGUUCAGCUAUGGUGAAGGUUUUAUUUAGUCACUGGUUUAACAUCAACAACUUGGAAAAUGUUUUUUUUCCACAUUUUUUUUUUAAAUCCAUUUACUCAUUUUUAUUUCCAACUCACUUACAGUGUGUCAAUUAUGUUUUUUGUCUACUUUUAUCAAUGCUUACAAAUCAUUUAAAUGAAUUUAAUAUUGGUAACUGAUUCUAAGAACUCUGAAGGCUGAUGUUUAUCAGAUGAUUUAAGACUUAAAUGAAUUCCAAAGGGGUCAAUUGUGGCAAUUAAUUCAAUGUGUAGCCAAAGGUUGCAAAUGCUUUAGAACUCUGCAUACUUGUAAAAUUCUGUAACUAAAUGCAGUUUUAGUAAUGCAGCUGUUUUUAAGAAUGAUAUGAAAUGUUCUUGUGAAUGCAUGUUAGUAAAAAUUAUGAAUUAUUUGUAGCUUAAUUUAUUUAGUAGUUGUUCCUUUGUUAUGAAAUAAAUGAUUA